AUGGAGGUGAUCCCGCGUACCUUGAUCGAGAACUGCGGUGGUAGUCCGAUCCGCAUCCUAACACAACUCCGCUCAAAACACGCUGAGAAGCAGCAUAGCUGGGGUGUGGACUGCGAUACCGGCUCAAUAAUCGACGAGAAGAAGGAAGGCGGGAUUUGGGAGCCGACAGCGGUGAAAAUGCAGAGUAUCAAGACGGCGGUGGAGAGCGCGUGUCUGCUGUUGCGGGUGGAUGAGAUCUGUGGGGCGAAGAGCGCGCAGCAGGGUGGUGGGAAUAUGGGUGCUGGUGGAGGUGGUGGGGAUGACUGA